CGUUAAUCUGCAUCAACUUUAUUUGAAAUCCAAUCACGAACAGAUGUGUCCGGGCAUUUGAGGACCUCCUCGAAUGUCGCUGCAUCGUCUUUGGAGAUGUGUUCUGCAUCACAAGUCUUCUACAUUGGCCCCAAGGCAAUUAAGGCGAUGUCUGCAUGUCGAUGGACGCAACCGACUAAGCAACUUUUGGACCCCGACCGGACUAUCAAGUCACCAAAGUCUUGCUGAUGGAGAGGAUGUCGGACACGAUCUUCUCACCCGGGCUGGCUUUCUUCGCCAGGCUCAUUCGGGGAUAUUCCACUUGCUUCCUCUCGGCCUUCGCGUCCAGAAUAAAAUCGAAAGUCUGAUCGACAAGCAUAUGAGCAACCUGGGUGCAUCGAAAGUGUCUCUCUCCUCUAUAAGCUCACAAGAUCUGUGGGCCAAGUCUGGCCGUUUGGACGGCCGUGAUGCUGAAUUUUUCAAAUUGAAGGAUCGGAAGGGAACCAGAUUCCUUCUAGCUCCUACACACGAAGAAGAGAUCACCACUAUCGUUGCCAAUUCGGUUCAUUCUUACAAAGAUCUACCACUACGAUUAUACCAAGUUUCGCGCAAAUAUCGUGAUGAGGCAAGACCUCGCCAGGGCCUUCUACGUGGACGAGAAUUUAUCAUGAAGGACUUGUAUACCUUUGAUUCGACGGAAGCAAACGCUUUGGAGACAUAUGAUGCUGUCCAAGUUGCGUAUCGAGGAUUUUUCGACGAUCUCGCAAUGCCAUAUCUCAUGGCUGGCGCAGAUUCCGGCAACAUGGGAGGUAACUACAGCCAUGAGUAUCACCUUGCUUCUCCCAAGGGUGAAGACACGGUCAUCUCCUGUACAAGCUGCGACCACAGCAUAAAUGAAGAGCUUUAUCGCGAAUCAGUUGAUCCCGAGGAUGUCGGAGCGGAAUUCCGAGUCGUGUAUAGUCAAACCAAAGGGGAGACAGAGGUGAAAACCACCUGGGUGAAGAGUGCAGUCGCUGACAGCACGGAACCUGUUCGCAGCAAGACUUUGGUGACAAUUUACAUUCCUCCCUAUGUGACCCAGCUUAACAGCCAUGCGCUGAAGGAUCUUCUGCCUGAGCUCGAUACAGCUGUGCAAUUGUCAGAUCAGCUUCCGAAGGAUUUUGAGGACGAAGCACCUCCAGCAGAAAUUACUAUCCGUGAUCCUAGGGUGGAUGAGUCUGUCGUUCUCAAAGAAUUGGGCCCAUUUCCUGUUAGAAGAGAUAUCAGAAACUCGUCUUUUGGUCUCUCUCAAGCAAAAUCUGGCGAGAAAUGCCCCAAGUGCACCUCGGGCACUCUCCAGCUCAAUCAAGCGAUUGAGGUGGGACACACCUUUCACCUCGGCACCAGAUACAGCAAGCCGCUGGCCGCAAAGGUCUUGAACGCCGAAAACAAAGAAGUCGAUAUAGCCAUGGGAUGUCACGGAGUUGGCGUAUCACGCUUGAUGGGUGCUGCCGCAUCCCUCAACGCAGAUGAGAAAGGACUCAAUUGGCCUGUCAUGAUAGCGCCUUUCACGGUCAUAAUUAUGUCGGCUGGCAAGGUCUCUGCAGAUGACGUCUCCUCAGUCUAUGAUGAGAUCUCAAAGCACCGUUUCGAGUUGGAUGUGGAUGCGAUCAUCGACGACCGUGAGAAACCUCUGGGUUGGAGACUGAAGGAUGCAGAUCUCGUGGGAUAUCCCUUCAUCAUUGUACUGGGCAAGUCCUGGGCUCAGAACAAGAAAGUCGAGAUACAGUGCAGGGCUCUGGGCCUCCGCGAGAAUGUGACCCUGCAAGAUCUCACGGAAUUCAUUGGGCUUCAUUGCGAUCGUCUACGGAAUCAUGCCGUGGAGAGGAAGCAAGGCUGAGAGAAAGCCGACGUCCACACGAUGUGAUCAUUCUGUUACAAUCGCAUUGUAUCAACAUUGUACUAUCACUGUCUUCGGAUCUGGAUAUUUUCAUGAGGUGUCUUAACAAUUUUGUAUUUAUUUUCUGUUGGAUGGCAUUUCACAUCAACAUCAGCCAUUGGAUAUGGGCAUUCUUACGAAUGAGGCUUAGCGU